AUGAUAAUUGAUCAAGUUAACAAAGACGAUAAAAUCUUACCAGGCAUGGAACUGGGUACCAUGAUGAUAGACACAAGAGCAAUGGAUUCCCACACCAUUGGACAGAUUGUCACAGAAUUUAUACCUUUAUUUUCGGAAGCAACAACUUCAUGUUCAACAUCAAAAACUUUAUCAAAGAAGUCAAUGUUUGCAGGAUUCAUCGGAGCAUCCUCCAGUCAAGUGUCCAUCGAAACUGCUAAACUGUUGCAAGUGUUUUCUGUUCCACAGAUCAGUUAUUGGUCCACGAAUCCAACGUUAAGCGAUAAAUCAUUGUUUCCUUAUUUCUUCAGAACUAUUCCUUCCGACACACAUCAGCUCCAAGCAAUGACGCAAUUUAUCAAACAUCAAGGGUGGAGUUAUGUAUCGGUAGUAUACGAAGACACACAUUAUGGAUCACGGGCUUACACAGAACUAGAGAAAACUUUAAAAGAAAAUGGAAUAUGUAUUGCAGUAGGAUACAGAAUGUCUACCAACUUAAAAUCUGAUGAAUACGUAAACGUACUUCGGGAACUUAAAACAAAACAAGCAAGAGCUGUUUUGCUAUUUACAAUCGAGCAACUCGCCAGUGAGGUUUUAAAAACGGCAGCUGCUCAUCCCGAAUUUGCUGAACAUUUUUUGUGGAUUUCCUCAGACUCUUGGACGAGAUUGCUGCCAAAAAAUAACAUAAGUGGUGCAUUGUACGAAAAUGAACUGCAUGGUACUGUCGGAUUCGCCCCUGAAACAAAAUCGGUUCGAGGAUUACGAAACUAUUUUACUAACCUAACAUUGUUACAGAAUUCAAAUCGAAAUCCAUGGUUUGCGAAAUAUAUCAGCGAACGAAAAAAUUGCAUGCUCGAUAUUGAGCUGCCUGAUCGAGGGAUUCGCAAAUGUUCUCCUGAUGAACGAAUCAAUCCAGACACAUUUGUGGAGUUUCCAUAUACUGAAAAAGUUGCCAAUGCUUUGUUGUCUUUUGUUUAUGCUAUAAACGAAGUACAUAAAUCUUUAUGUGGAGGCAAAUCAGGAAUAUGUGAAGAAAUGAAUAAAAUGCGUGGUGGUACCGAACUCGCGAAAAGCACAUACAAAAUGCUAAAAAAUAUAACUAUACAAGGAAUCAAUGGAGAUAUAUUCACAUUUGAUGACAACCAAGAUGCUCACUCACAUUACGAUAUUUAUAACUAUCGGAAAGACGUCUACGCGAGAAAUGGAGAUGAAGAGUCGAAAUGGAUCAAAGUUGGAAAUAUUCACGGGCAAGGUGAAAAAAUUGCUCUAUCUUCAUUUUUCCAAACUAUUUUCAAGGGUACGCUAAAUAAACUUGACCCAUUUGUUUUAGAAAUUGAAUGGUUCGAGCCACUUGCGAGCAAAGUAACGAGUCAAGGUUCUUUCUGCUCCAGACAAUGUCUUCCCAAUGAGGCAAAAAUAACAUUUGGCGCGAAGGAUUGCUGUUGGAAGUGUCAGACGUGUUACUCUCAUGAGUUUGUUGCAAAUGGUACCGAAUGUAGAAAAUGUAACCAAGGCAUGAGACCGAACAAAAAUUUCACAGAUUGUGAACCAGCAGAGAUCAUAUAUCUCACUUACGAAGAGUCAUACUCCAUUGCUACACUUAUACUUGGAAGCAUAGGAAUAGUAUGUUUAUUAUUCGUGUCCGUAAUAUAUGUUAUAAACAAAGAUUGCCCUAUCGUCAAAGCGUCGGGAAAGGAACUUUGUUUUUAUGUACUCUUUGGAAUUUUACUCACUCUGACAAAUUGUUGGACAAUCAUGUUGCCACCAACAACUAUUCUAUGUGCAUAUUCACGCAUUGUGAUUUCGAUAGGACCUACAAUGAUGUAUGCUGCGUUGCUCACCAAAACACUGAGAGUUGUCAUCGUUUUCAGAUCAAAAAUCUUAACACCAAAGGUAGCUUAGAACGUAUGAUUAUUUUGGGUAUUUCAAAGCAUGCAAGAGAAAAUUCAAAACCUGGAAGGCAGUCACAGUUAGGUCAAUGCGUCAACCGACACAACAACACUGAUACGAUUUGUUUUGAUUAGAAUUAAUUUCAUAUAA